UUGAUUCAUAAUUCGGAGUGUACGUCUGUCAAAUAUUCUCGACGGAUACUGAAAGCAAUCAUUUAAUAAAAAUAUCACUUGCUUGUAAAUGAUGUGGAAAUGUAUCCAAAGAUCGUGCAUUCACGUGUCAGCGGUCUCCCUAAAGAAGACGCCUCUGCACAUGAAGGGGAAGAGUGCUGCCGAUCAGAGAUGGCUGGUCCGGCAGAUCAAUGACCCUUUCGUUAAAGCUGCUCACGCGCAGAAUUACCGCUGUAGAAGUGCUUUUAAACUGAUCGAGAUAGAUGACAAAUACAGACUUCUCAAACCUGGUUUGAGUGUCAUAGAUUGUGGUGCUGCUCCUGGUGCAUGGAGUCAAGUUGCAGUCCAGAGAGUCAACUCAACAGGAGAAAGUGCGGAUCUUCCUAAAGGAAGUGUAAUAGGAAUAGACAUACUACGCAUCGCCCCUUUGGAUGGAGCUCAGUUGCUGUCCAAUCAUGACAUCACUGAGGCCUCAACUCACAUGGCGCUGGAGAGGCUCCUCCCUGAAGCUCGAGCAGAUGUCAUCCUCAGUGACAUGGCCCCCAAUGCCAGCGGGCUCAGGGAACUGGAUCAUGAAAGAUUGGUCACCAUGUGUCUAUCAGUGUUGGACUUAGCUGACAAGGUUUUGCGCCCCGGAGGCUCUUUGAUUUGCAAAUACUGGGAUGGAGCUUUGGCCCAUAAGCUCCAGCAGAGGCUUUCCUCAAUGUUUCAAGAUGUAAGAACUGUGAAACCAAGAGCAAGCAGGAAGGAGUCGGCAGAGCUUUUCUUUCUGGCGAGGAUGUUCAAAAUGAGAUAGGAUGAGGUCUUUUUCAUGAAAAGGAUUUUUUUUACAUAUAUAUUAUAUUUUACAUAUAGAAAAUAGAAAAUAAAAUUGUUUUGUUCUUAUUAUGUAUUAAAAAUAAAUAAUAAUAAAAAACCUGUUUGCAGCUAGAUUCAGAAACUCAAUACAGACCUUGGAUAUAAAUGCUAAAGCAGAAUAAUUUUGAUUCAGGUGUUAAAUAUAUCAUUGUUGAGUCUGAUUUGCAUAUUAUUUUCAGUCUAUCAGGACGGCCUAGCAGUGUUUAUUUUUAUUUCAAAUCAUUUUACAAAGACAUGAUGGGCAUGCAUCUAAAAAUUUUUUUUAGUAAUUUACAUAAUUAUACUUUUUUUUGUUUCCUUCUGUUAAUAAUUAAAUCCCUACAAAUGCACAGAGUAUAAUAAGUAAAGGAGAAAUAUGAUUUUAUCGAUUAGAUCAGUGGCUCACAAAUAUUGGUCUAUGAAGAAUUCCAAGUGAGGUUUUUGGGCUAAUCAAAAAAUAAGAAGCUAAAUAAAUUAUAAAAUACAAUAAUUAUAAUUAAUAUAAAAGCGCCAACUCAUAAUAAUGGACUAAAAGAUUGUAACAAUAAUAAUUUAAGUUUGUGUCCUCUCACUUCGAUAGACCUUAGUCAGGGUAGCGGCUUAUUUUUUUUUCUUUAAAGAAUGUAAAUAUUUAACAUCCUAAUAUUUUAUAAAUAUGGCCGGCCAUCCAUCCAUCCCACCUGUUGCAAAAAGUCAGUGACAUAACAUUUUUUUUUUGGCGUAAACUCUAUAAAAUAGUUCAAUCUAAGAGUAUUGUUUAGUGUAAAUCAUGUUGUAAAUUAGCCGAUAGGCUGUUGAUUCAUUACGUUAAGCUGUCUCCUAUAAAAAGCUGUUUGGGUUCAGGUGUGUUAAAUCAGGGUUGGAAUUAAACUCUGCAGGACACCAUCCCUCCAGGAACGGCAUGCACAAAAAAAAAUACAAUGGAAGUCAAUAGGAGUUCUAUGACCACCAACAUUCUACAAAAUAUGUUCUUCUGUGUUGAGCAGGAAGAAAAAAAAAAAGAUAUGCAUACAGGUUGGGAAUGACCUGAGGGUAAAUGAUUUUCAUUUUUGUGUGGACUAACGUUUUAAGAAACAAGCUCAUUUUAAAGCUUAAUUUGUAUUAUUUUAAAAUAAUUUCAGUCAUUAAGGCAGCUAAUGGGCCUCGGCGCUCUGCUUCACUAUCCUAAUGAGUUUGGGAUGUUGGGUUUUUUGUUUUUACUCGAAGAGUUCCACCACCUAAAAAAGUGCAGGAAACACUGGAUUGGGAGACAUCCAGCUCGUCAGAAGAUGGUGCUCUUGAGUUGCCAGCGUGAAAGCAGAAGACUAGUACUUGGACUUGGAUUCUCACUCACACACCCCAGCAGUGUGAAGAGACAGCGUGGACCGGCUGUUACUUGGAACAUUUCUUUCCAGUCCAUUUGAGAGUCGAGUGCUAAGGAGUUAAAAAUCCAGCAUUGUCAUGUGCAUUUUAGUAAACCCUCGAAGUGUGGCUUAUUUGACAACACUAGCCGGAAAGCUAAAUUGUUUGCACAAUACCGAAAAUCUGUUUUUCUAGCUGAUAAAAUCAUUCUCUCAUUACAAGCUGAGGAGCUGUAGAGAGGAUGGAUAAGUGUCUUAUAGACGGUAAGACUAAUGAGAAUCCUUUGUCCCUGUAGCAAAGCAGUCUAGCAGAUAUUAGCCUGACACAUUAUUAUUAUCUCAGACACUCACUUUCUACAGUCCAGCUGUGAAUGACAUCCAGCUUGAGCUGCAUGGAGAGUUUAGACCUAACCCUCAUAUGCGGAAUAGAAACAUUAAAGGUAAUAAAAUAGAGUUUAAUGAUUCAUAGAGGUUAGAUCAGAGUAUAUUCAUCACUAAAGUGAGAAUAUUAUGGUUAUACACAGCUUGCCAAUAAUGAGGAGAACUCAAACUUUAAGUAGCUCAAACUGUACUAGGCUGCUUUGAAAGCACUAGAAAAAGAAUGUCAGGUUCGACUCUUUAUUGCUCUAAUCUCAAGCUCAGGGAAUCUUCAACUGAGAGACAUACCUAAAUUAAUUCUGCCUGCAGAUCUGACGCUUUCAUAUUCGACUGAGCUACAGUAUGGAAAUUCUUGCAACCUCACUUUUUAAUCUGAGCUCCUGUGUCAGCAACAUGUUUAAUGUGCGCCGCUUCGGUCAAUUUGAAUGCUGUGGUUUUUGAACACACUGACGUAUAUCAAAGGCGUAGGCUUGAGGGACAAUCCACUCCUGCGUCUGUGACAUGUCAAGAGAGCCUGGAGAAUUCAUUAUGGAAGAUUAAGGAAUUUAUUUGAGAGCUUAAUUUUAUAUGCCUUUUAACGGUUAUAAAAGUGGAGACUAGUGUCUGCAGGGGUUCAGCCACACUGAGUGAAAUGGAAAUACAAGUGAUCAAGCUACAUUUAUAAUAUCUUUUUUGGCCCCCAAAGUUAUCGGCUUGAUUUGAGAAGUUUUUCCCUCUCUUUUAUUCUUUCUUUAAGGUGCGUUGCUGUUAACCCACAUCCUUCUGGUUACCUGGAAUCUCAAUUUUCUUUAAGGUCAGAGAUCAGGCACUCCAGUUCAGUUUAAUAAUGUGCCGUCUAACAUUUUGACAGACUUCAAUUUAGAGUUGGAUAGCAAAAAACUUUUUAAGCUUUUAAGUUUGUGCACCAUUAAGAAUUCAUUGAACAUGCAUUUUACAUUUGUGCAUUUCCAUUUGAGUUUGUAUUUACGUAGCAUUUUGUAAUUCAAAUUUAAGGAUGUAGAAUUAAGUUGUAAAUAAAUCAAAUUCAAAGCAAUUCAUGUAACUUUUGUUAAAUAUGAAUUGCCCGUUAACAUAUUAUUAAAUGCACAGCAUUAGUAAUACUUCCAGGAACAGAAAUUUCCAUUUAUAUUUCAUUAUAUUUAAUAAAUGAUUUUCUAUUUCAUGGAGCAUGGUAGAAGAACACUUAAUUUCCAAUCAUUUCAGCAAUGCCCAUUUAAGCCUCGGGAGUUUGAAUUGAAUUGAAGAGGCUACUACACAUAAUACACUGAAGAAUAUAAAGGAACCUGAAAUGUUUUGGCUGGACAAAUGCUGUUCACAGUCUUGUUACUCUCUGUAGGGAUGUGGAUUAAAAAUAUUAACAUAAAUACAUUUAUACACAACUGUUUAAAAGUUUGGGGUUGAUAUCAAUGUUUCAGGUCUCUUAUGAUUGCCAAAGUUGAAUCAACUGGAAUAUUGCCAAACAUAAUUAUACAAUAAACUUGAUCUUUCAGAAAGUAUUCUAAUAUGCUGUUUUUGUGCUCAGUUAGGGAACUUGUAUUAUUAUGAAAACAGUUGUGCUGCUUAAUACUUUUGUGGAAACAGCAUUUAUGUAUUUAUUGAAACAUUGAAAAUCCUUUCUUAAAAAGUAUUAAUUUCUUUCUAAAAACUAUAAACUAUAGAAUAUUAUGGGUUUGCAAAUUUGUUGAUAAUUUAUCUUAUUCCGUUUUGCUAAAUUAAAUUCCAGAGCAGAUAUUAUAUUUAUGAUUGCUUAACAGUACAAAAAACUUGAAAUAUUAAUUACAAAAAUGAAUAGACUUUUGAUAGAAUGCUUAUUAGUCCAGUAUUUCUUCAGCCAAUUUUACAUUAUCCUGCAAAAGAUGAAUUUUUCAAUACUCUUUAAAAUUUUAAGCCUAUAUGCUAUUACUACAUUUACUACCAUUUAGCCUGUUCAUAACUCUCCUAAACAGGAUGCUAAUGAUCAUUAAUUGAAUACAAAUUAAAGAGUUAUUGGCACACUUCACAUCAAUUUCCAGCUCAAGGCUCAUGCUGGCCAAAAGGUAACACAGAAGGAUAUGGUGAGAGGACAGAGGGUUCAGCUCAACGUCAACAGAUACUGUUACUUCAGUAUAAAAAAUAAAAAAAAUUUGGAAGAGAGGAAAGGGGAAUGCCAUUGGUCAGUCAAUGUCAACAAAGACAAGGAUCAUCGUCUGUGAUGUGCAAACCUUUUGACAAAGUAAUUCUUCUUCAAGCAAUAGCAGAGGCCUGAUACUGUAUACGGGUGUCAAGAUUCAACAUUCACAUAAUUUUUUCUUAGAUGCAUCUGAAAAACGUGUGAUGUGGAGAUUUAAUAAAUAUAUGUAUAUUCAGUGGCAGGAACGUGUUUAUGGGCUUUUUGAAGUUGACUUAUGUAUAUUUGCUUGUUUGCAGUAUGCAACACAGAUUCCCAUGACAUCCUUUACUCUUAAAAUAAAGCUUCUUUAUUUGCGUCUUUGGUUUCAAGAAGAAUAUUUAACAUUCAUAGAACCUUUCCGUUGCACAAAAUGAUCUUUAGUGGAAAAGGGUUCUUUACAGCUUCUUCACACUAAGAAAGAAAUGGUAGUUUUUUUUAAGAAUUGUUCACUGUAAUG